CUCUUGAUCAUUUAAAAACUGGGUGCUAGUUUGUGCAUACUUUCAUUGGUAAAACGUGUCUUAUAUUACCUCGAGAGUGUUAUUUCUUUUCUUUAUUCUUCGCCCAAAAGUUAUUUCACCGAGUGUGACUCGGUUAGUCUUUUUUGUUGUUAGGGGCCCAAAGCAACCUUAGUUCCAUUUUCUCUCUCCCCACAGGUGCUUCAAUUUCCCAGUGGUACUAUGACUUGAAAUAACAACAAUCCACAGCCUGAGGUUGCCAAGUCAUGGGAAAAAAAAAAAAAUCGAACAAAAAAACAAAACAAAUGGAAUGUUGUGUAAGUUUGGGGGCCCCCUAGUGGCAGGUGCUUCGUGCCCUUGGGUCAUGAGAGCUGAUAGUGCUGAUGUAGAGAGUUUGCUUCUCUGUCAAACUCUAGCCAAUGAAUUCUCACUCCGUCCCAUUUCCUGGUGCGGUUUAAUUCUACAAACCAGGAGACAAGAGCACGAACAAUGCAUUAUAGUUCAUGCCGAGCUGGAUUAUACGCCUUCAUGAUAUUAAAGUGGCUCAACAAGCUGCAUUCUUUGCGCCGUAUAUACUUUUUUUGUCUUCCUGGUGUGAAUCAUCUUUCACUUGUACGGAAUCUUUGCGCCAAACGAGUUCCCCUGACAGCAUGAGACAACACACACAAAAGCGCAUGCACUGAGUGAGCUCAGUCUGUUAUGGUGGCGGCUGCAAAAGUUGACUAAAUAAUGGAUCAUCAGCAUGCGCUGUUGUUGUCGGACCUUUGCCACAAGUACGGGCAAGUACAGCUCGCUCUUUUUCGGGAUUUUCUUGCAUGGAAGGACAUUAGGAAGAACUGGAGGAGAAGUUCUGGCAGCACUUCCCCAACAGCUCACGGCCAUGCCGUUCACACAUCUGAAAUCGUGGCCGUACACAAGACGGACACCAGCGACCAGACAAGGGCAACAAAGCACCUUCAGCUCAACCCACACGCAUUCACAGUUUUCUACGUGAGGAGGACGACGCAGCAUCAGUGGCGAUGCGACGACGUCACAUUUUAUUGUGACAAUCUGGGACUCUGCCAGCACUGGAUUCAGACGAUCAACGAUCAACUGGCAACGCAGAUGACAGAGCGGGCCAAUCACGCCAGAGAUCACUUGAAAACGGAAGCAAAUCUGGAUCAGUACGAUGGAGUGGUGUCCGUGGGCGGAGACGGGAUGUUCAACGAGAUCCUGCACGGCUUGGUCGCCAGGACCCAGAGCGAGCACGGCAUCGACGCCAACCGACCCGACGCCCAUUUGGCGCCAUGUUCCCUCCGCAUCGGGAUCAUCCCAGCGGGCUCCACUGAUUGCAUCUGCUUUGCGACAGUGGGAACCAACGAUCCGGUUACGUCCGCCUUGCACAUUAUUGUCGGUGACUCCCAACCCAUGGACGUGUCCUCGGUGCACCACAACGACACAUUCCUCCGAUAUUCCGUUUCGUUGCUGGGCUACGGCUUCUACGCCGACAUUCAGACCGACAGCGAGAGGCAGCGAUGGCUGGGCCCCGCUCGAUAUGACCUGUCGGGGGUAAAGACCUUUCUGAGUCACAACUAUUAUGAAGGCACCGUCUCGUUCGUCACGGCUGACGACAACGUGGGCGACCCUCGGGACAAGGAGCAGUGUCGCGCCGGGUGCCGCGUCUGCCAGCGCAAGACCUCGUUACGGGAGCCGCGCCAUGACGACCCGUCGCACGCGGGUAAAGUCAAUGAGACUUGGACCGACAUACACGGGAAAUUCAUCGCCAUCAACGCCGCCAACAUGAGCUGCGCGUGUCCCCGCAGUCCGCAGGGCCUGUCGCCCGCCGCCCACUUGGCCGACGGCACCGCCGACCUCAUCCUGGUGCGCAAAUGCUCCCGCUUGGACUUCUUCAAGCACCUCCUUCGCCACACCAACAAGGAAGACCAGUUUGACCACUCCUUCGUGGAGGUCCACCGGGUGCGCAAGUUCCGCUUCCAGCCCCGCCACGAUGACCCGGUGUCGCUGGAGGACCUGAGCGGGCCCCAGAAGCAAGCGGACCAGGGUCCCGUUUGCUCCCGAGUCGCCGGGUGCCACUACGGCAACUGCGGCUGCAGCCACUGGACGUGCGACGGCGAGAUCCUGCCUCACGUUGCCAUCCAAGUCAGUGUCCAGUGCCAGCUGAUCAGAGUGUUUGCCCGCGGCAUCGAGGAGAAGAACCACCACCAGAGUCCGGUGUGGCUUCUGGAAGCGGCGGCGCACCAAUCUGCCGGCUGAAAGCACAUUUUGGCGAGCUCGCUUUUCUGUGGUCCAGGCUUCAAGGAGCCACAAGAGAUGAUGAAUCCAAAAAAAAAAAAAAAAACAGACCAGAUCAAUUCAAAAGACUCAUUCAUGUUCCUUUGAUGAAGACAGAUGUGAUUCAGGGGCAAGUCUUGAAAAGAGCCCAUCUGAUCAACUAACAGGGCCCCAACGACGUCUUCCGGAUAAUAAGGCAAAGUGGUUGCUAAGUGGCGCGGUGUGUCUCAGCGCCGCUGCGACGACGCACCUGCGGCUCCGCCGCGGCUAAAAGCGAACCGCUCGCAAGCUCGGCUGAAAUGAGCCCCGAAUGAGAUUAUUUUGUUGCCGUCAUUAGAGACCUCCGGAUGUCAAGCCGGUCUUGAUGUCUCUUGGGGAAAGGUUACAGUAGAUUUGUGACUAUUUUUGAAGUCGGCGAUAUUAUUUAUGCUAGCGCGGGUAUCUUCGUGUCACGUGACUCUCAACUCAUCGACGGACAAAACAAAACAAAAAAAUAAAUAAAUAAACUUUUCUCCAA